AUGAGGUCCCCCAUCAGCAAGAGCCACCCCCUGGCCACCUUCCUGCAGCAGUUGCGCAGCCUCGGGCAGCCCCCCAGACCCGUGACAUUGACGGCGUGCACGACCCCUCGGCCGCGGGAGGUGCCCUUCUGCCCGCUGACGGCCCGUGGCGAGGCGCAGAAAGAGUCCGCCCUGCCCGGCCCCACCAACUGGCCGCUGCUGGGCAGCCUGCUGGAGAUCCUCUGGAAAGGAGGACUCAAGAAGCAGCACUACACGCUGGCGGAGUACCACAAGAAGUACGGCAAGAUUUUCCGCGUGAAGCUGGGUUCCUUCGACUCGGUGCACCUGGGCUCGCCGAGCCUGCUGGAGGCGCUGUACCGCACUGAGAGCGCGUACCCCCAGCGGCUGGAGAUCCGACCGUGGAAGGCCUAUCGCGACUAUCGCAAGGAGGGCUACGGACUGCUGAUCUUGGAAGGAGAAGACUGGCAGAGGGUUCGGAGUGCCUUUCAAAAGAAACUAAUGAAACCAGUGGAAAUUAUGAAGCUGGACAACAAAAUCAAUGAGGUCUUGGCUGAUUUUAUGGGGAGACUGGAUGAACUCUGUGAUGAACGAGGCCACAUUGAAGACUUAUACAGUGAGCUGAACAAAUGGUCCUUUGAGAGUAUCUGCCUUGUGUUAUAUGAGAACAGAUUUGGCCUCCUUCAGAAGAACACAGGGGAGGAAGCUUUGAACUUCAUCAUGGCCAUCAAAACAAUGAUGAGCACAUUUGGGAGGAUGAUGGUCACCCCGGUGGAGCUACACAAAAGCCUCAACACGCGGGUCUGGCGGGACCACACGCUGGCCUGGGACACCAUUUUCAAAUCAGUCAAAUCAUCUAUCAACAGCCGGUUAGAGAAGUAUUCUCAGACACCGAGUGCAGAUUUCCUUUGUGACAUUUAUCACCACAAUCGGCUUUCAAAGAAAGAAUUGUAUGCUGCCGUCACGGAGCUCCAGCUGGCUGCAGUAGAAACGACGGCAAACAGCUUAAUGUGGGCACUCUACAAUUUAUCCCGACAUCCCCAAGUGCAACAAAAGCUUCUUGAGGAAAUUCAAAGAGUAUUUCCUGCAAAUCAGAUGCCCCAGGCAAAGGAUUUGAGAAAUAUGCCGUAUUUAAAAGCCUGUCUGAAAGAAUCUAUGAGGCUUACCCCAACUGUGCCAUUUACAACUCGGACUCUUGACAAGGAAACUGUUCUGGGUGAAUAUACUUUACCCAAAGGAACAGUGUUGAUGCUAAAUACCCAGGUGUUGGGAUCCGAUGAAGACAAUUUUGAAGAUUCAAGUCAGUUUAGACCUGAGCGUUGGCUUCAAGAGAAGAUUAGUCCCUUCGCGCAUCUUCCAUUCGGCAUUGGGAAAAGAAUGUGCAUUGGCCGCCGAUUAGCCGAGCUCCAGCUCCACUUGGCUCUUUGCUGGAUCGUCCGCAAAUACAACAUCGUGGCCACCGACAACGAGCCUGUGGAGAUGCUGCACCUGGGCAUCCUGGUGCCCAGCCGAGAGCUCCCCAUUGCCUUCUGCCGGCGAUAAGAUGCCUGAG